UUUACUGUCUAACGCUAACGACUGACGAAAGGUUGUGUAGCUAGCUAGCUAGCUGUCAAAUAUCAAACAUGUCUAGUAGAGGAACGAAACAGAAAAAGGGUAACGUUACCAAUGAACAGGAGGAAGAAGACCAGCCGUUACAAGCUGUGCUAAUCGCCGACAGCUUUAACCGGAGGUUUUUCCCGAUUUCAAAAGACCAGCCUAGGGCUCUUCUACCGUUGGCCAACGUUGCCAUGAUAGACUACACCCUGGAAUUCCUUACAUCUACUGGGGUUCAGGAGACGUUCGUCUUCUGUUGUUGGAUGUCUAAUAAGAUCAAGGACCACCUGCUGAAUUCUAAAUGGUGUCGUCCCACGUCUCCCAAUGUGGUCCACAUUAUCACCUCAGACCUAUACCGUUCCCUUGGCGACGUGCUGCGGGAUGUAGACGCCAAGACGCUGGUGAGGAACGACUUCAUCCUGGUCUACGGAGACGUGGUGUCCAACAUCGACGUCAGCCAGGCCCUGCAAGAGCACAGGCACCGGCGUAAGGUGGACAAGAACAUUUCCGUGAUGACCAUGGUCUUCAAAGAGUCUUCUCCUGGUCAUAAGUCUCGCUGCGAGGAAGAUGAUGUAAUUGUUGCCAUGGACAGCAAGAGCAAGCGUGUCCUUCACUACCAGAAGACCCAGGGCCUGAAGAAGUUACAGUUUCCAAUGAACAUCUUUCAGCACGGUAGUGAUGAGUUUGAGAUCAGACACGACCUGCUGGACUGCCACAUCAGUAUCUGUUCCCCACAGGUAGCCGAGCUCUUCACAGACAACUUCGACUACCAGACCAGGAACGACUUUGUCAGAGGGAUUCUAGUCAAUGAAGAGAUCCUGGGUAACCAGAUUCAUCUGUACGUGACGAACGAGGGCUAUGGCGCCCGGGUGUCCAAUCUACAGAUGUACGACUCUGUCUCCUCGGACCUGGUGCGCCGCUGGGUCUACCCUCUGACCCCCGAGGCCAACUUCACAGAUCAGCGGGGGCAGGGGUGUGCCCACUCUCGUCACAACGUCUACCGGGGAGCGGGGGUCAGUCUGGGUCACGGGAGCCAGAUGGAGGAGAACGUUCUGAUUGGUCGAGACACCAGCAUCGGCGCCAACUGUCAUAUAUCGAACAGCAUUAUUGGCAACUACUGCACUAUAGGGGACAACGUAGUGUUGGACCGGGCCUACAUCUGGAACAAUGUACACAUUUCCAACAAAGUAAAGAUCCACCAGUCUGUAGUGUGUGAUGGGGUGCUGGUCAAAGAGGCUGUAUUGCUGAACAAACAGUGUGUCCUGGCUUACAAUGUGGUGAUUGGUCCGAACAUGUCCCUCCCAGAAGGCACUGUGGUGUCCAUGCAUCAUCCUGAGGAAGAGGAGGACGAUGAUGAUGAUGAAUUCCUCAGUGACGACCAAGUGGUUGGAAAUAGCAAAGACAAGACCAAGCAGAAAGCGUUUAACCCAGCCGAGGUGGGAUCAGAGGGCAAAGGUUACAUCUGGAAGGCCAGUCUGGAUGAGGCAGAGGAUGAGGAGCUGGCCCAGUGUAUAUGGGGCCUGGUGUUGAACCCGGACCCAGACAGUGACAGUGAGAGUGAGGCCAGUGACGGCUCACAGGAUAUGGGUAGUCGCAGUGUCUCACCUGAGAUGGACGAUGUUAAAGUGUUCCAGCUGGAGGUGUUGGGGACACUACAGAGAGGUGAGGAGGAGAAUAUUGGCUGUGACAACUUGGUCCUGGAGAUCAACUCACUCAAGUAUGCCUACAACAUUACUCUAAAGGAGGUGAUGCAGAUUCUUACCAAAGUCGUUCUGGAAUACCCCUUCCAGCAGCAAGGGACGAAGCUCAGCUCUUCACAGUACACUGUCCUACUACUUCCUCUGUUGAAGAAGUGGUCUCCGGUGUUUAAGAACUACAUUAAGAGAGCCCAGGACCACCUGGACUGCCUGUCUGCUGUGGAGGAACUGUUCCUGGAGCAGGAGACACACCAGACUGCCAUGGUCAAGGUGCUGAUGAACAUGUACCAACUGGAGAUCCUGGAGGAGGACGCCAUCCUAAAAUGGUUCUCUGCAGGAGCCACGACGGACAAGAGCAGACAGCUACGCAAAAACCAGGGGCUCCAGAAAUUCAUCCAGUGGCUGAAGGAAGCAGAGGAUGAGUCUUCUGAAGAGGGGGAGUGAAAAGGAGGAGAGCUUGAGAUGAGACGAGAAGGCAUAUCAACGCUCGGAAGACGCGUGACUGCUGUCAAUAAAAUCCCAUACCGUGGUCGUUCCGAGACUUGAGUCCAUCUCUGCCGUUACGGCUGUCUGUUUAGACAUGGUGGCAGCUCGCAUUGCUUCUCAAUGAUAUUCAUAUCUACUCAACGUGUGAAUGUGCGCAAUGGUGUCCUGUUUCCUAAAUAGUUCCCUACAUGGAAAAUAAGGGGUAUCACCGAGGUUGCAACACCGACUAAUUGUGUACCAAGCAAACUGACAUUAUCUUCCAAUGUCACAGGAAAAAAGGGCUAUGUGGUCAGAAUAUUGACACAUUUAAUAAAGAUAUAAAACCCUUGAGUAGACCAA